AUGCCUGCCGACCAACAACAAAAAUUUACCGGUCAUGUUGGUAGCUUAAGUCCUCAACAAACUGAAACCUUGGAAAAGUUCCGUAGUGAACUAAAUCAAGAGGGUGUCUUUGACGCAAGACGUCACGAUGAUGCCUGUCUACUUCGAUUUUUACGUGCUAGAAAGUUUGACCUUGCUAAAGCUAAAAAAAUGUUUUUAGAUUGUGAAAAAUGGAGAAAAGACUUUGGUGUUGAUGAGUUGGUCAAAUCUUUCGAUUACAAAGAACGAGAUGAGGUAAUGAAACAUUACCCUCGAUAUUAUCACAAGACAGACAAGGAUGGACGCCCAAUCUAUAUUGAAGAAAUUGGAAGGAUGGAUGUGAAAGCCUUGUAUCAAAUUACCACUCUUGAACGUCAAAUGCAAAAUUUGGUCGUCGAAUAUGAGAGACUUGCAGAUACUAGACUUCCCGCUUGCUCUAAAAAGAGCGGAAAGCUCAUCGAAACCUCCUGCACUAUCCUUGAUCUUAAGGGUGUUUCCUUACGUUCUUUUGCGAGUGUAUCUAGUUUCGUUAAACAAGCAUCAAACAUUGGUCAAAAUUAUUAUCCAGAACGAAUGGGAAAAUUCUAUAUCAUUAAUGCUCCUAUGCUUUUCUCUUCGGUAUGGAAUUUUGUAAAACCUUUGUUGGAUGAAGUCACUGCUGCAAAAAUUGUCAUCUUAGGUUCGAAAUAUAAGCAAACAUUAUUGGAAAACAUCCCUGCUGAAAAUCUACCUACCGCCUUUGGUGGUACAUGUGAAUGUCAAGGAGGUUGUCAACUUAGUGAUGCAGGUCCGUGGAAUGAGGAUCAUCCGCAAGAAAAUGGUCAUGUACACGAAAACGGAACUGCAUCAGUUCAUCCUUUUGACACACAAAAAUAUAAACGCAUUCAUAGAAUUCUUAUUUCAACUGGUAUUUUUGAUUUAACCUCUUUUUAUGAACCCUCUCCACCGACUCAACUUGAUUUAGCCAAUCUUCAUUCCUCUCAGUACCUUGAUUCCUUAAAUAGUAGCUCUCAGCUACAAAAAAUUUUAGAGGUACCGUUUGUGGCAAUUUUACCACAUGUUUUAUUAAAGAAAAAAAUCUUAGAUCCUAUGCUAUUACAAACUGGUGGAAGUGUUUUGGCUGCAGAACUUGCAUUGGAAUACGGUUGGGGUAUUAAUUUAGGAGGUGGUUUCCAUCAUGCUCAUCACGAUGGAGGUGGUGGUUUUUGUGUCUAUGCGGAUAUUACUUUAAUGGUGGAAAAAAUACUAAAGGGUGAUCCGUUGGGAGCUAUGAAUCUUUCAUCUGAUGCAAUUUUAAAAAGAGAUGAACUUGUUUUUCGAAUGGCUCUAGAUCAUGGAAUUCCUAUUGCUAUGGUUUUAAGUGGUGGCUAUCAAAAGAAAAAUGCUGAAAUUAUUGCAUCAAGUAUUCUAAACUUGAUCAAGAAAUUUGAUCUGUUAGGGAAACGGAAAAAAAGUUCUGACAAGA